GAUGUGACAAUCCAAUGACUCAUAUUACUCUUUCAUUAGUGGCAAAAUCGUCAUUUCCCUUUAACUGGUCCAUGUAGAUUUUUUUUGGAUGCUCUAGAUUUUUUUUUGACUAUUUGAUCUAUAAGAGAUUUUUGUCCGUAAGUGAUCCAGCACUGAAUCCGUGCUCGGCGGUGGUACCGUAGCUCUUUUUUUUUUUUUUUUUUUAUCUUGUCUUUAUCAAUAAAUUGGGUAGAAUAAAAAACAAUUAACGUUUUUAAUAAAAUUCAGGCCAGACCCAUCAUUUUAAAUAUUGUUUCUUUUUUUUUUAGCAACAUAAAUUGAUUCACUGGGACCUCGAACUCGCCAUUUCCUCCUUCACAUCACCAUCUGACCCUCACGAAGAUGCCCCUUCGUCUUCCCGCGGUGACGGCGAUCACGAUACUGAUUUCGAAGAAGACGACCCUUCUCGUGGCGCAAUCGUUAACGACCCGAGAGCGGUCAGACCUCCGGGGAUGGCUUGGAAGAUCAUCACUUUACCGGUUUCGACCGUCUCCGGUAGCUUAGGGGUUUGGAUCAGGUCGCGGCGGCGGGUCUGAGUCAUCGUCGUCGGUUUCUUUGGCGGCAGGUGAAGCGAUGGAGUUUAUUACUUUGUUCGAUAGAGACGAUGGACUUCGGCGGCAGGGGAAGAGAUGUUAUCUCUGGUGAAGAAGAGUGAAAGAGUGUGAGUGCCUUGUCGAGUGCCUUGUCGGAGCUCUGGAUUGGAGCCAUCAUCCAAGGUGGUUUCCUCGCUUGGAGGGACGACGCGCUCGCGUGGAGGCCGUGGCGUGAGAAGAUCGGAUUGCAUGUUCGAGUUGUGGUUCCGGGAGAUGGAGGCUACCACAGAUCCGUCGUCGCCGGCUUUUCUCCGGGGGGUGGAGGCUCCUUCAGCUCCGCCGACGCCGGUUCAAGUUCCCGGGAAGGGAGUCUUCCAUAGAUUUACCUUCGCCGGUUUGGUGACGGAGUGCGGAUGCUUUCAUAGAUCCGCGCUGCCGAUGAGAAACCCGAAGCUUCUGGGUCAAGGUUACUUUUGUUCGUUUAGUGCGAAGCUAGAAGUGGUUACUGUCUAGGUGGUUCUGGGUCAGGGCGGAGGAGUUUUCGUUUUGAUGAUGAAGCUCUCCGCCGAGGUGAAGUCGGUCAAGUCAACAAUUAGGUGGUUCUCGAUGCGCGUGUCUAGGGUUUUAAGCGGUUCAAAGGCGGAGGUGAUCUCGUGUUUCGAUUGAUCUCUUCCGCGUGUUGACAGUGCGGGUAGAACGAUGAUUUCUCUAGUGGUUGGAAGUUUGGUUGUGUCAGGGGAGAUCUCGAUGGUUUGAGAAAGACCUCCGACAUGAUGUAAAAGCAAGGAAAAUAGGUGGUUUCGGCGGAGGCUCUGCGGGUAUCUGAGCUCCAGCGAAACGAGCGGUCCGGCGAUCUCAUCCGGUUUCUUCCGGAGUCGAUGAAGGGCAAGUUGAGGCGGAGAAACGCAUGCCGGUCUGAAUGGUGUAGAUCAUCCCACGUGUCUCUUCCUCUGCUUCCUUGAUUCUCUCAUGGGCCUUGAUCGUCCGGUUUUGUAAGGUUGGGCCGAGGGGCCGUCUAAGUUGUUUGGGGCUUCGGCCGUUUGUUGUAGCCCAUUUAUGUAUGGGCCUUUGGUGUUUCUGUUGUAUCUGGGCGUGGCCCAAUUGCUUUUAAUAAUAUAAACUUGAUGGAAAAAAAAAAUUGAUUCACUAAAUAAAAACAGGAGAGAGCUUUAGAGACCCAAUCCGGAUAGGUUCAUACAUUAACAGGCCUUGGCCGAAGAGUCUGCAGACCCAUUGUGGCUUCUUUUAAAACAAAAGAAAACGAGAAAGAAAGGAAAUCGGAAGAGACGAACGAAACUGACAUCGGAUAAAAUACCGUAGAGCUCUAUCGGUCGGAGAUUCGAAUUGAUGGCUUUGAUAAGCCCUUGAGAAUCUGAGCGAAGCCAGAUGCGUUUGUAGGAUUGAGCCGAUGCAUGCCGAAGCGCUUUUUUAAUCGCCAGUGCCUCCGCCACGAGAGGAGAAGCAACCGCGCUUUGAAGGGAGGAGCCUCGAGACAACUCAAUUGAGUCAGAGGUGGAGUAGAUCCAGGCGAGACCUGCAACUUCAUGCUAUUUGUUCCACGCGGUAUGGCACACGAUAGUAUCGGUCGUCGGAGCUGGGAGGGAUGGGUUUAGUGUUGAUGGUUUAGGGUUUUGGAUUCGAAGAUCAGUUGAUUCCUGCUCAGCCAGAGACCCCAACAGAUCCAGGGGAGGAUGUUGGAGGUGAUACCCACUGGUAGUAGGUUGACUUGGCGGGAGGAGGUUUGAAGUUGUUGUGUCAGGGUUUUGGAUUCGAAGAUCAGUUAAAUAUUGUCUAAACCCACAAAAGGCCCAUAUAUUAUUACUGCACUCUUUAUAUCUUCCCUUGGGGAUAGUUCGAAACCCUAACUGCAAUUUACGAUUGUUCUAAAGGAUCGGAAGAGAGAGUAACAAAGAUCUUGGAGUAACGCAUAUAUCUCAAGUUCUCAACCAACGAUGAUCCAGGAGCCUAAAACAAUUUCUCCUCCUCCUAUUGAUGUUGCAAAUACAGACACUCCCUCAAAGUUAUUAUCACAGAAUGUAGCCCCUCAACGUGUGUAUGCUAAUAUUUUGAUGGAAGACGAAAAAGUGGCAACUUUAGGCUUGCCUGAUCAGCUCCCGUCACCUCAAGGACUGUUCCAGUCAACUCUGUCCCCGUUCUUUUCUAUUAGCCAGGUACAGUUAUCAUUAUAUGAAUAUCGAUCAAAGUUAUUAUAUAUAUAUGUCUGGUUCAUACAGUUUCACUGUUAUGAUGAUGGUCAGCAGCUGUCAGCAGCGCUUCCCAACAUUGGAGAUCAUGUGGUUAUUAAUCAGAAAUUAAGCGGAUUUGCUACGCACUUUCCAUUUCAGAGAGUGGCAUCACUUGCCAUGGAUAGAGCGAUCAAAGAGAUUGUGUCUGGUAUUGUUCAGAGAAGUGUUUGCAUUGCUUGCCAAACAACAAAAGAGCUUGUGCUGAAGGAUUAUGCCUUGGAACCAGAUGAGGCACGUAUAUAUAGUGCAGCUCACAUGAUGGUAGCGAGUUUAGCUGGGAAUUUUGCUCAUGUGACGUGCAAGGAACCCCUGCGCACGUCAAUAUCAGGUCAUCUGCGGAAUUCGCUCCAGGGUCUGAAUAUUAAAAAUGAAGCUCUUGAACAAAUUGUGCAAGUUGUGACUAAUGACAACCUUGAUAUGGGUUGUGCCGCCAUUGAGCAGGCGGCUACAGGGAAGGCACUACAAACUAUCGACGCUGACAUUGCCCAGCAAUUGUUGUUACGGAGAGAUGGGGCUGGAUCCUCCCUAUCGCAGAAUUCUGUCAGUUUUAUACCAGAGUCCCUCCGCCGCAAACCGGGACAGCUGUCCCUGUCUCAACAGCGAGUUUAUGAGGAAUUUUUUCAUCUUCCUUGGCAAAAGCAGUCAACCCACACUUCUCACGGUUUAUCUGGUGAGGUUGGGCUUGGUAGUGGUUAUGGUCCAGUAUGAGGAAAAAGUGCUUCGGACUCUUUGUCUGGUGCUGAAAUUGCUCCGAUUGAUAUGGUCUCCCCGGCAUCAGAUCUUUCUGUGGAGGGUUUUGAAUUCCAGUUUCACUUUUAAGGUGCUUUAGGUGAUGAUUGUUUUGUUAGAUUUUAGAUUUUAUUUUUUGGUAUUGUUUUUUGGUUUUUGAUUUUGCAUUAGAUUUUGGUUUUUUGAAAAAUUUAUUGGUGGUUUUACAUUUUUGUUUUUAGUUUCUGAUUUUUGCUUUUAAAAAUAAUAAAAUUUAAAAUAUUAUGAAUAGUAAAAUAUUUAUUAUUAAAAAAAAACUAUCAUCAAG